CAUAUCUGAAAAGAUCGGCCAGCUAUCUCUUCCUGUUCAGUCAUUUGAAUAUGCAUGUCUUAGUUUCUCAGAAUGUGAUUCGUUAGGGGAAAGAACCCUUCAGCCUCUAAAAAGAGGAAGUACAGCUAGAGGAACUGCAAAAGUCUGCAUCGAGCGCGGUCCCACUCAUUUACGCACCAUCUUGCCCAUCUCCCGUUUGGUUCCACUGCCCAACAACCACAUCUCUCAGUUGCGUAUCCUUGAGCCUGUGAGUGAGAAGACCAUAUGCAAAUAAGGGAUGGAUGAUUUAGAUGCUUUGCUGGCGGAACUGGAACAAACUUCAGUGAGUUUAAAUGUCAGUGAACCAAAAGUUUGCUUUCUUCUGGAACGAGACAAGGAGGAACCAGUGGCACCAGCAGCAAAGGCCAGUGCCACCCAGCAGAAGAACCCAGAUCCCCCAGAAGUCAAAAAGAUACAACCAGCAUAUAGCACUCAGUACGGCAAGGAUGAUCCAGAAAAUAUUUACAGCCAGGUGCCACCUCCACAGCCAUUGCUUCCUUCGUCUUCUUCCAGCUCAGCUGCUCAACAGCUGGAUGACCUUCUGGCUUGCUUGGGAACAAUCCAGUCCAAGAUCUCAGAUGGAAAGGAAGCUCCAGGAAAGUUGUCCUCAGCGGAAGAGAAGCCUGCCGAAAACCUAGACAGCAUGUUGAAGGGUCUGAUUCAUGAUAUGCAGGACCUGGGAGUUGCCACCGUGCCCAAGGGCAGCUGUGCUUCCUGCCACAAACCCAUUGCCGGAAAGAUAAUCACUGCACUGGGAACCACCUGGCACCCUGAACACUUCAUCUGUGCCCACUGUGGAAAGGAAAUUGGUUCCCAUCCCUUCUAUGAGCGAGACGGCAAGGCCUACUGCCAGGAAGACUACCACCAGCUCUUCUCUCCCCGCUGCGCUUACUGUACCGCACCCAUCCAGGGGAAAAUUCUGACAGCCAUGGAUCAGACCUGGCACCCAGAGCAUUUCUUUUGUGCUCACUGUGGGAAGGUGUUCAGUGAUGAUGGCUUCCACGAGAGGGAUGGGAAGCCAUACUGCCAGAAGGAUUUCCAGGCCCUUUUCUCUCCCAAGUGCAGAGGCUGCGACCGGCCUGUGAUGAACCAGUAUUUGUCUGCAAUGAAUGCGGUCUGGCACCCAGAGUGCUUUGUGUGUGGGGACUGUUUUUGCAGCUUUGACAGUGGAUCCUUCUUUGAAUUAAAUGGCCGUCCCUACUGUGAGCUCCAUUACCACCAGCGCCAGGGAACGGUGUGUCAGGGUUGCGGAAAGCCCAUUGUUGGGCGUUGUGUUAGUGCCAUGGGGUACAAGUUCCAUCCAGAGCACUUUGUCUGUGCUUUUUGCCUUACCCAGUUGCACAAUGGCAUCUUUCAGGAGCAAAAUGGCAAAACCUACUGCCAUUCUUGUUUCCACAAACUUUUUGUCUAUUAAUCCUUUGUCCACUCAGUUGAAACGAAGUCCCAGUGAAUUCAGUGCAACUUGAAGGCACAACAUUGGACUGUAAGAACUGCAGUGACAGCAUCUGUUAUAAAUGUCUGUAUUACUAUGAAUGCACCAACCUGCUUCAAUGCACCCAAUUCAUCAAAUGUUAGGUAUUCAGCCUACUCCACUGCAUUUCAGACAACGUUGCCAGCUUUCACUAGUUGAGGAUUUCUUCCAAUAUUUAAUCACGUUCUUGUUUCAUAUGUAUAAUCUCUAAGAUCAGCCAAGUAAUGCUUGCUUUUCAUGGAAGCUUUUUUUCUUCCAGCAAGUUACAGCAAACAGAUUUUUAGUGACUGAAAGACAUGCAGAAAAAUAUUCCACUAUUUUUUGUUUUUGGAAUGAGGUGAUUUACAGUACAAUCCUAUGCUAAGGCCCACCAAUUUAUGAAAGCUUACUCCCAGGUUAAUGUACAUAGAUUAUAACCAGGCAAAACAAUCCUACAUACCUGGGUAGGGAUUGUGUGACUUUCUAAAUGUUUUUGGACUGCAGUUCCCAUCAGCCCCAGCCAGAAUAGCCAAUGCUGAAAGAUUAGAAUCAUAGAAUAGUAGAGUUGGAAGGGGCCAAGAAGUCCAUCUACUCCAACUGCCUGCUCCAUGCAGGACUGUCCAGCUGCAUCUUGAAUGCCUACAGUGUGGGAGAGCCCAUGACCUCUCCAGGCAACUGGUUCCAUUUCAGAUCAACAGCACUGGGAGGGUCCCAUGUAUCCCGCACCUGCCAUAUACCGAUGAUGCUGAGGGCAGGUGGGUAAGCUCCUGCUGCUCUUGAAGUCAAAGGGAGACAGUUUCUUGUGUCAGGUCCAGGGCUGGUACAAUGUUGCCCUCUCAAUAGUGUGUGGCCAUGAGCUAGAGGAGUAUAGAGAGUGGCAUACAUUCCUCUCCUGUGCCCCCCACAUCCUGCCCUCCCCUGUGGGGCCGUUCUGACAGAGAACCUUUGCCAGCUUCCAUCCUCUGAGUGUGCCACUAAUGCAUCUGGGCACACUCUGGGCAGUUCCACACGCAAAUAUUUCAUGUUUCCCUGGCAUGGUGAGACUGUCACCAGGUCCUAUGACCCCUCAGAACUUGAGAAUAAGCGUGACUCUGAGACCACAUAAACUAUUUUCACUGUUUUUAAAAACAAACACAAUCUCAGCGAUUUGGGCAGGUUUAUUUCCUUUUCGAGAAGAAAUUGAAAUCUUCGGUCAAAACAUUUUAACAUGGACAAAAGAAAGGUCCACUCUGCUGGGGCAAGACAUGAGCAUUUCUGCCUAGUCAUGGCGGUUCUGCACUUGUCCCUGACUUGGGGAAAAGGUCAUUUGUGCUCUGCCUGUUGACUUGUCGAUUGCCCCAGCAGCCUACCCUUUCUUCUGAAAUGUUCAUUCUUGCUGCAUAUCGCACCUCAUUUUCCUUGCCACAGCUGAAGGCCAUUUUACUCCGGGGCAACAGAGGUAAAGCAGAGGUGGGCUGGUGGUGCCCAUCUUGCAUUUGCACCUCAGAUGGGAGCACCAUGCCCAGACAGCAGCAGGUCUGCGGAAGCGUCUCAUACAUGCAUGCAAGCUAUCUCUUGCCUGAGUAGUUUUUUGUCCUUGGAGUUCUCUUUUUUUCCAUGCACACAAGGAUGUCUGUCCUGAUAUCUUCAGAAUUUUGUCUGUAGAUGAGUGAGCAACAUGAACAGAAAAAUAAAUGUCACUGGUUUAUUGCUAA